AGGGGGUGUUUUUUCCCCCCCACCUCCCCUCUGCCUUCCCUCGGCGCGGCCCGGCGGGGGGCGGCGCGGCGGAGGGAGCGGGUGGCUGCAGCCCACCGGAGCUCCGGCAUCAGCACGGGCCCACUCCGGAGACGAGAGCCGGAAUAAAGGGAACAGCUUCCUUACCGCCAAAGCAACCUUUUUCUCGUCGCGGGGUUUUGCUCUUUCUUUUCAGUUUCUUAUUUUUCUUUUAAACCCCUCGCCGGGAAAAGCAAAACCGAAAACGCUUCCCCCCUCGUCCCCCUUCAAAAGGCCCCCAAACAACCACCAACAACAAACAGAAAGCAAAAUAAUCCCUCCUCAAAAAAAAAAAAAAGGGAAAGGAAAAGCGAGAGAGCCGGAGACAAGCUCCAUCGAUUUCAAAUCCAGGAUUUCAUCUAGUGCACUGAAUUUUUUCUUUUGUUUUUCUCUUCCUAUUUUUUUCCUCCUUCCCCCCUCCUCCUUUUUUUCAACCCCCCCCCCCCCCUUCCUUCUCCUCUUUCCCACACCCCUUUUCCUUCUCAUUUUAUUUUGGAUCCUGCUAAAAUUAGCCGGGACUGCUCUGGGUGUUGCGUGUUAAUUUGAUUUACUCCGGGAUUCCGGCUUCCAAGACGCCAUUUUCCCCCCUUCUCGCUCUAUCUCGCUCUAUUUAUCUAUCAUUUAUCUAUCGAGCUAUCUAUCCGUCUGUCUGUCCGUCCAUCCCCCUCCCCCCGGGUGCCUUCCCUCCUCCUCCCUCUCUGCUCUGCGCGUGCUGCGCGGCCGUGCGCUCCCCUAAUCUGACAGAUGAACACCGCCAUGGGUUUGCCGCAACACAAGCAAAAGCACCUUUGGGGGCUGUGGCGAGGGAUGGAAACCGGGAUCUAAAAGAGAAGAGACAAGAAGGGGGGAAUCCGAGGGAGGAGGAGAAGAAAGAAGAAGAGGAAGCUGCUAAGAAGCCCCCGCUACCGUUUUGGGGAUAUGGUGGCAGAUUUGGUCUCUUCUGAGCUCCUUGCAGCCUCUGGGCAAUUGGGACGUUGAAUUCAGCAGACAGUUACCAUUCGUUCUCUGGGAUUGUACUUGCCCUUGCUCUCCUCAUUCCCUCCUGUGCUCCCCUUCCCUCUGAUAAAACUCCUGGGUGUUGCGGUAUUGCUAUGGAGCCCAGGGAGACUUUGGGCAGUUCCCGGCAAAGGUGGGGAGAGGCAGACUUUCUGACAGCCACCAUCACCUCUGUGAAGCCUCCACCUGCCUCCAGCUGUGCGGGGGAGACAAUGCUGCCUGUGGUGGCCUCAGGGAAAGGGAUCCUGGUGAGUGGUGAGAGGCUGGAGCCUGAGGAAGAGGAUGAGCUGGGUUCUGGGAGAGACGUGGAUUCCACUUCCAAUGCGGACAGUGAGAAAUGGGUGGCAGGAGAUGGCCUGGAGGAGCAGUUGUUUUCCAUCAAGGAAGCUAACUUCACAGAGGGGAGUUUAAAACUAAAGAUCCAGACCACCAAGAGAGCUAAGAAGCCCCCAAAGAACUUAGAGAACUAUAUUUGCCCUCCUGAGAUCAAAAUCACCAUCAAGCAGUCUGGGGAGCAGAAGCUUUCCAGAGCUGGGAAAAAUAGCAAAGCAACUAAAGAGGAGGACAGAUCACACUCCAAAAAGAAGGGAAAAGUCAUUGGAGAUGCAAAACUGCUCAUGAGUUGUGGUUGCAGAAAAGGGAAAAAAGCUCAAGUGAAAGACUCAGAUCAGGUUUAUGACAAGCCACAAAAACAUUCUGUUCUGCACUAUGAUCCGGGCCUCCAACAAGACUUCACGGACGACACCUUAAAAUCAAAGCACCAGCAGAAAAGUAGCAACCAGCACCAUCUUGACUGGUCAGCAAGCUCCAAUACUGAAUCCACUUCUCAAAGUUGUUUCAUCAACACAGAACCCAGUCGAGAAGCAGUUAGUGCCACCAAGGUCCCUGCUCUGGAGCCAGGAGUUUCCUUCAGCAAAUCUCAAGCAAAGAAGUCCUGUGCCAGCAGCACAUGGGGGCAGCUGUUUGCCAAUAGUAAAGAGGUUGCCAUUUGCAGUGCAGUCCCAUCACCCAACAACAUCGGCGCAGCCACCCAGCCAAGCAGUGCCUCUGAGUUCAAUGGACUUUUGCCUCUUGGUGAUCAAGAGGGAGGUGUGCAGCUGGAGGCCCUCAAUCAGCCCACUGGGAGUACAAAUAAGUUGUCCAGCAAAAAGGACUUGACAAGUCAAACCAUCCAAAACGCAGACACUGAAUGGGUGAAGAGUGCUCAGAAAGCAUUUGACAGCAAAACCCAUGACAGCAUGGAAGGGAAAAAGAAGUCUUACUCAAUGGACAGUGUGUUGGAUACAUCACCCUCGAAGCAGAAUCCCACUUCUGCUAGCAGCUGUGAAAGUGAAACUAGUCACGUACGAAUUACUAUCCCAAUAAAGUCUCCAACAACAGAGACAUCUGGCCACAAAAGGAAAAAAAGGCAAUCUGCAAAAUCUUCCAUAGAGAAAACUAUCCAGGAGAAAAGCCUGCCUUCUGGGCUUGCUAUGAGCAGUGAAGUAGCAAACAGGACUAGCUCUCAACCAGAGGGGAGUAAAAAAGAUCUUCGAGUAACAAAACCAGGGAAAGUGAUUGAAAAUGAGUCCCCCUUAGUAGCUAUCAACAGUGGUGUGCUCACUGACAAAUCUUCCCCCAACAGUGCUACCAGACUCAGAAAAUCUGUAGCUGUGACAUCCACUCUCGUACCCACCAAUCUUCCCACAGCUGGCAAAUUAUCUGAGGUCCAGCACCCCAAACAUGCAGCUAAGCGGCGAUGGACCUGCAGCAAACCUAAAUCUAUCCUUCGGGAGACCUCCAUGGCAACAUCUGAGAAGCUGAUGGUGGAGCCUCCUUCAGCCUAUCCCAUUACACCAUCCAGCCCUCUGUAUACUAAUACAGACAGUCUUACUGUGAUCACACCUGUCAAGAAAAAAAGAGGACGACCAAAGAAACAGCCUUUGCUCACUGUUGAAACCAUUCAUGAGGGAACCUCCACCAGCCCAGUGAGUCCAAUCAAUCAUGAAUUUCCAGGAACAAAGAAAAGGAAGAGGAGACGGAAUCUUGCCAAGUUGGCCCAGAUGGUCCCGGGAGAGGACAAGUCCAUCAGUGAACUCAAGUUUCACAAAAAGUUUGGGAAGCUUGAGGUCUUGGAUAAAAAGACCAUCAAGACCAUUAAUAAAAUGAAGACCCUCAAGAGGAAGAAUAUUCUCAAUCAGAUCUUGUCCUCCUGCUCCAGCAGCAUAGCCCUGAAAGCAAAAGUCCAGCCACCAUCUAGUGCUGGGCCAACGACCAUUGAUGCCAGACUAGGGAAGCAGAUCAAUGUCAGCAAGAGGGGGACUAUCUACAUUGGUAAAAAACGGGGCAGAAAGCCAAGAGCAGAGAUGCAGCCUCAGCCAGAAGAACCUAAGACAGCCAUCAAGCACUCAAGGCCUGUUUCCAGCCAGCCAGAAAACCCAGCAGUGCCUUCCAACCUGCAGUCACUUGUGGCAUCGUCACCAGCAGCUAUUCAUCUGCUUUCGACACAGUUAGUGGGGACUAAUGGCAACCUUAGCCCUGCAAGCACUGAAACAAUUUUUUCAGAGUUAAAAACUAUGCCAAAUCUUCAACCUAUCAGUGCUCUUCCUACAAAAACCCAGAAAGGAAUGCACAGUGGAACUUGGAAGCUGUCUCCACCCAGGUUAAUGGCUAAUUCACCUUCCCACCUCUGUGAAACAGGUUCUCUGAAAGAAGUCACACUGUCGCCGGUGAGCGAGUCUCACAGUGAGGAAACCAUACCAAGCGACAGUGGGAUAGGUACAGACAACAACAGCACUUCUGACCAAGCCGAGAAAAGCUCAGAAUCCCGCCGGAGAUAUUCAUUUGAUUUCUGCACCCUGGAUAAUCCAGAGGCUAUUCCAUCUGACACCAGCACAAAGAACAGGCAUGGUCACUGGCAGAAACAUCUCAUUGUGGAUAACUUUCUCUCUCAUGAGAGUAUUAAAAAGCCAAAGCACAAGAGGAAAAGGAAAAACCUGCAGAACAGAGAUGAUCUCCAGUUUCUGGCAGACCUUGAGGAACUCAUCAAUAAGUUUCAAGUGUUCAGGAUUUCCCAUAGAAGUUACACAUUUUAUCAUGAAAAACCAUAUCCCAGCAUCUUCAGGAUUAAUUUUGAUCACUACUACCCUGUCCCAUAUAUCCAGUAUAACCCAUUGCUCUAUCUUCGCAGGACUUCUGACAUGAAGUCUAAGAAGCGUGGUAGACCUGCCAAAACCAAUGACACCAUGACAAAGGUGCCUUUUUUACAAGGGUUCAGUUACCCUAUUCCCAGUGGGAGUUACUAUGCACCCUAUGGAAUGCCUUACACAUCAAUGCCUACGAUGAGUCUUGGUUACUAUGGUCAGUACCCAGCUCCUUUGUACCUGUCUCACACGCUCGGAGCAGCUUCCCCAUUUAUGAGACCUACCGUGCCCCCACCCCAAUUCCAUGCAAGCUCUCAUAUGAAGAUGUCCACCACUGCCAAGCAUAAAGCAAAACACGGAGUGCACCUACAAACACCUGUGGGAAUGGGCCUUGGAGACAUGCAGUCCUCUUUGGCUCCUCCAAAGGUUGGAGGAACAAGCCUUUCAAGUGGUCGACUUCACAAAAGGAAACACAAACAUAAGCAUAAGCAUAAGGAUGAGCAGAUAUUGGGGACACAUGAAGAUCUGAGUGGUCUCUUUGCUAGCAAGUCCACUGUCUUCUCCAGCCAUGCGAUCAACGAAAGGCUAAGAGGCUCAGAUAAAGACCUCUCCUUGUUCAAUGAGAAAAGCAAGCAUAAGGAGAAGCAGAAGCACCAGCAUUGUGAAACUGGACACAAAGGCUCAAAGACUAACUCUGAAGUGGAUACGCUGUCUACGUUAUCACUUUCUGAUGCCCAGCAGUGGAUACAGAAUAAAGAUAAAAGUGACUCAAGCAAUGAUCCCAUUGACUCUUGCACAAAGAGAUACACCAGUAAUACUGAGAGUAAUGGAAGGUCAGAGUCCCUGGACAUGUUUGGUGAAAUGAAUCCCUUAAGUGAGAAGCAGAACAAUGAUGCAAGUGGGAAUAAAAGAAGAAGCUUUGAAGGGUUUGGAACUUACAGGGAAAAGGACAUUCAGCCCUUCAGGACAAAUAGGAAGGACAGAAGUACUUAUGAUUCUUCAGCCUCUUCAGCAAGGACAGUAAAUCCAUGACAGCAAGCAUCCACACUGUUCUACAUCCAGCCUGCCUCAAUCCUUACUUCAAGGUCUGAGAAAAGAGUUCAAAGAAUUGGUGCCUGUUUCAUGAUAUUCGUGUAACAGGAUCAUCUCCACUAGCAACAGUAAUUGGAUGGGAACAACUUUAUGAUAACUGCAGCAGCCUAGGAGGGGGAAUAUGAAGUUGAUUUUUAGCUUAAGGCAUAGAGUCCAGUGAACUAUCUGCAUGCAGUGCUCUGUGAAUUGAAAAUUUGUAAGUUUGAGGCAGACUCUGAUUUUAGUUCACAGCCUCUGAUUUCUAUUAAUGUUGUCAGUGUGUCACUGGAGAGGUACAAAUUAUUUGAAAGAUAUAUAUUCAAGGAGUUCUUGAAUGUAACCUUAUCUAAAUUUCUUAUAAUGCUCAGGAAAUGUCCUCCAAAUUUGAAUGUCUCCUCUAAUCCACAUUGUUCCUGAGGCUUUUUUUUGUCCCCCAGCCAAUAAAUGAAGAACAUCAUAGAGUGUUUUUUUCUGCUCUACUCCUGAAUGUCAGUCAAUUGACUGAACCAAAGAUAACAAGCAUAGAACUCUGAUGCCUCUUAGAUGUGCCUGUAAUAAGUGCUAGGAUCAGAUCCUGGGCAAAUAUAUAGACCUGUUCUUGCUCCAGAUUAAAUGAAUAAUACAACAACCAUUAAUUUCACUUGCAUCCAAAUUAUGCUUUAAACCAGACAAUAAAAAUCUACUAACUUGGCAAAAUCCAUUGAGAAAAAACCAGUUGUUCAGUAGCCAGGCCAAGAUGGCAAUUAAAUGGGAACUGAAAAUGUGCUGGAUCUUACCUGUGGUGCUGGCAAGGAGUGGAGCCCUGCUGCUGCCUCCCAUGCAUGCUGGGUUGUGCCUCUGCCAUGGGCUCCUCAAGGGGACAGAGUGUGGGACCAUGCUGAGGCACAGCCAGGGUGUGAGGUCCUGCAUGCCAGGAAACCAUGCUAGAAGGCACAUUGCUGGGGACACGUCAGAGCUCUUUCCUCUGCUUCAUCUGGUUCCCAGGCAUGCCCAAUGCUGUUCCCCCUUCCCCAGCAUUGUUGUGGUGGGCUGGAGUUUAGCCUAGCUAAGUCUGUCAUCAAUAUGUUGCAUGUCACUCACCAUGUCCUGCUUUCAAGAUCUUGAGGCUUGGUGGGGGUACAGAGGUCUGCUGAAGCACAGGGGUGUGCAGGGUGUGAGCUGAAAGCUGGUGAAUUUUUGCAGCAGGGCAGAGCCUGACUGGGAGUCCCCGGUACAAUGGCAAAGCUAAGGAAGGUUUCUGAGGGCACUUCCAAGGGACACAGUAGGAGCCAUUGUAGCUGAAGAUAGGAAGAGAAGAGUGAGGUUAAACAAUAUGAAUAUGCCAGAAGAGAGGUGAUCCAGGGAGGACAUGUAGAAGAGAGCUAAAGCCUAAAAGCCAGGAAUCUGCAACAUGGUGUAGCUGUGCAAUUUGUUAGAAUGGUUCAUCCAGGGAAAAUGUCACUGAAAUGGGAGAUGAUGGCUCAGGGAAAGGUACAGUGGGCAUUAUGCUGCCAUCUUUCUAAAUGGAUCCUCAGCCAUGUACAUGAUGCUGGUGUCACCCACCACUGCAGUGCCACCAUGGCUGUGUCUGGGGUGGCAUGCAGCAUCUACACAGGGUGCUGAGGCAGCUCAGGAGGAGGCAUGGAGUCAAUCGCAUGGAGAAAAGGAGCUGUGGGUGGGUGGGCAGCAUGGGGUGAGUUACAGUGAGGAUAAAAGACUGUGAAUACCAUUCAAGACAAAAAAUGAAACCUUUUAAAGGCCUUCAGUCUUCAGCGAGCAACUUAAGCACAAGCACAACUUCAGGCAUGUAAGUGGAAUCAGUAAAGGCUGCAGUCUGAGUUCCCGUUUCCAGAAAGCCCUGUUUUGAUAGGUUUGGCAGGCUAAAACCCUAAUAGGGGAAAAUGCUCCUUUUAUAAUUAAAAAGGGGACUUCAUGUAAGUGAGAAUGAAGCCCAAGUGGACUUAGUCUGAGCUGCUGGAUUGGAGCCUGGUCACAGAAAUGUCUGUUGCUCAGAUUUCAGUGCUUGUUUUUCUCCAGGGGAACUGUGUAUUUUUCACACACAUACUGCAGGUCUGUGCUGAGCUAUCUGCAUUGAUCUGGUAAAUGAAAGGCCCCUUGCUGGCAGCGAAGCACAAACUCUGUGAGCCCUGAAGCAAACUGGAACAAGGCAACUCAUACAAGCACAGGCAGUGUUCUGUUAUAUAUGCAUGUAUUUUUGUAACAUAGAUGUGUAUGUGUAUACAAGUAUUUAGUCAGAAAACAUCCAAUAUCUACAGUCUCCCUGACUUUAAGAUAUUUUGGGUUGAUUUUUUUAUAUCAAAUUAUUUCAGAAAAGAAAAUUGACGUAGACCAAAUAUAUGCAUGCUUAUGUAUGUAUAAAGAUGUAACUUUUAGAAACCCUUAGAAAUGAAUGACAUCCUUCAACAUAGACUGGUGGCCAAGAAUAAUGUUUGUAUAUGGGGCUGAGAAGCGUACAUAGUACAGUUUUUCAUGAAAUCAUGGAAAUUAGAGAUAGAAAAGGCCUAUUAGAUCAUCCUGGCUAUUCCCUUAGCACCAAGGUACAGGAUAGCAGGAAAAGAAACAAACAAAAAAAAGCAUUAAAGCUAUAAAAUAUCUAGUUUUGCAGAAAUUGCAGUGCAAACAGAAGUCCUGUAACAGCCACUGUACUUUAUGUUGUGCAGCUGUGAAAACUGAUAUACCAAAAGAAAAAAGGAUUUUGAGCUUUCUUUAAGUGCCUUGGGCUUUUCUUUUCGCACAUAAAAAAUUUUCCAUAAACUUCAAUGUUGAGACUUUUUAUCUUGUUUCCAAUGUUGAGUGAUUAAAAAUAAAAAAGGGAGAGAAUUACCAUGACACUGAUGCAUCAUUUUAUGUAUUCAAAGAAUUAAGUGAUUCUUGUAGAGACCCUGUGAAAUUGGUACAUAAAUCUGCUAUUUUGACAAGUGCUUUAUCAGUGCCAAUGGAUUUAUCAGAGACUAUUGCUCUUUCUUUGUCCAUGGGGAAGAUGAAGCAGAGGGGAAGUGAUCAUGAAGGACAGCCAGUGAGUCGGUGGCUGAGCCAGGAUGAAAUUCAGGAAUUUUGUUCAAGUCUUCCAGUGUUUCAGGGUUGGACACUUUCCCAUGUAGCUCUGAAGGGAGUAACUGAAGACACCAGCUCAUUGUAACCACCAAAGCAGAACAAUUCUAUAGGCUGGGCACACCUGUACUAACUGCUAAAAUCGUUACGGUCUUUGCUAAUUAAGAUUGGCACAGUGCUUGCUGCUAGUAAUAUAGCCCUGUAAUUCCAUUAAAUUAGCAUAGCAUUAAACAUUUUGAAGUUGAAAUGGAUUGGAAGCUGAAAAGGAUUUGAUUUGGAUUAAAAGUCUACAUUUUCUUGAAGGUCUUUCAUUUCUUGGCUGGUUUUGGUUAUUUCUUUUAAAAAAAAAGUUGGCAAUGCAACAAUUGAGUUUCAUAGAGAAGGAUGUGGAAUUUUUUUGUAACUGUAAUGAUUUUAUCCCAUUUGCCUUCAUUUAAUUUGGAAAUGGAAACCAUAUCUUUAAUGCUAAUUAGACAGCACAUUACUUAGUCUUCUUGUCCUCGUGUAAAUAACAAUUAGCAAUAAUUUAGCAGUUGUACAUUCUGGCAUCUUCUAAGCCACACCACUGUCUACCAUUCCAAAUUCUUUUGCAUUAAUUAGGAUCAUAAGCCAAUCAGCACUAAUUAAUGUUCAAAUCCCACGAAGCUCAUUAAAUAAGUAACAAAGCUGGAAUCUUUAGCACAUAUUGUAAAUUGGUUCAUGUUAAUUAGCACCAUGUUUUGGAGGCAGUAAGAGGCUGCUCAGCAGCAAACACUACCUAAAGAGACAUUAGGUAGGGAUUUUUGCAGAUCUAAGAGGCUACGCAGAGACCUGACCCAGGUAUUAUCAGAUAUGGCUGAAAUGUCACGUAUCUGCCUCAAGACUGUAGGCUAAAUACGGUACUUCUGCAGUUCAGCCCAUUUUUAACCCUGUCUUAAUGUCUGUUUUUAUUUGAAGCAAACAUCAGGGGAAAUGUAGGUACUUAAAUAUAAAGUCAUUAUAUCUGAAGGUCAUUCCUGUCUAUCGGUGACUGUGUCAUAAAAUAGCAUACAUUUUCUACUGCUGCUUUGGGUAUCAUUAGCACCAUUUCAUUUUCAGAAGUGGGCAGCAAUCUAGAUGGCAGCAUCUUUGCAGAUCUCAGGCUUAUUUAACAGACUGAAAUUGCUACAUGAUGUUUAAUGAUGCUAAAAAUGUAUAUGAUGGUAUGUGCCAUCUCCAUUUAGUUGUAUGUAGUAAUUUAAAGGUAGGCAGUUGGUUAAGUAUUGAAUACAGUCCAAGAUGGGUGAAAGAAAUCCACAGACAUAUAGUUUUGUGUCUUACUACAAAUUCACCUCAUCUUAAGCGGUUUCAAUACAAUCUUAUGAGACAGAGCCACACGCUGCUCUUACAACAGGCUGCUGCCUUGCUGCUGUACUGCCACUCUCAAUAUUCAUGGACAGACAUGCAUGACCUGAUCUUAUUGGAAAAUCUCACAUGCCCUGAAAGCAGACUGAGUCAGAACAAAUCACAGUCUAGUUUGUGCUUACAUGCUGUCCCUUUCCAGCUGACAUUGCUUUAAGAAUGCUAAGUAAUUGUCAUGGUUUUAGCUGGGAUAGAGUUGAUUUUCUUCACUGUAGCUGGUGUAGUGCUGUGCUUUGGACUUAGUAUGAAAAUAAUGUUGAUAACACACUGAUGUUUUAGUUGUUGCUGGGUA